UCUCAUUAGUGGUUGACUGACGGGACUAAUGUUGACAGCAACACAAAGUUAAACAGUGACAAUAAUAGUUCCAAUUAAAAUAUAAAAAAUGUCUGGGUUGGUAAAAGCAAAGAAGUAUGAUUGGAAAGACUCAAAUUUAGCACUUUUUGGCUCCGACAGCGAAAAAAAGGUUAAAAAAGAAUCUGCAAAAACAGAGUCAGCUUGGGAAGGUGCUGGUCAAAAACCAGGGCUUCAGAUAUGGCGUAUAAAACAAUUUAAGGUAACACAUCACGAACCCGAAGAUUAUGGAAAAUUCUUUAACGGUGAUUCCUACAUCGUCCUCAACACUUACAAGAAGCCUGAUAGCGAUGAAUUAUUGUACGAUGUCCACUUUUGGAUCGGGCAGUAUUCAACUCAAGAUGAAUAUGGCGCGGCAGCUUACAAGACAGUGGAGCUUGAUACUCUGCUAGACGACAAACCCGUUCAGCAUCGCGAGGUAAUGAAUCACGAAAGCGAGCUGUUCAAAUCAUACUUUGAUUAUUUCCUUUUACUGGAAGGGGGUUACGAGAGUGGAUUCAGACAUGUCAAACCACAGGAAUACAAACUGCGACUUCUUCGUUUCAAAAAGGAAAAGAGAACGGUCACAUUGAAAGAAAUGCCAGCAAAUCGCUCAAAUUUGAAUUCAAACGACGUUUUCAUUCUGGAUUUCGGACUGGAAAUUUAUCAGUGGAACGGGAAAAUAUGCAGUAAGGACGAAAAAUUCAAAGCUGUUCAAUAUUUACAACAAUUGAAGUCCGAAAGAGGAGGAAAACCAAAAGUCGAAACAAUCGAUGAAGAAAGUAGCGAAAAUCACGAAGUAUACGAGUUGCUCGCUGAAGGUGGUGACGAAACCGACAGUUCGGAUGAAGCGGAUGAUUCCGACAGCUUCUCACCAAAAUUACUGAGACUGAGUGAUGAAAAUGGAAGUUUAGCAAUGACAGUUGUAAAGGAAGGACUUUUUCACAGUGACGUUUUGAAGAGCGACGAUGUGUUUAUUGCCGACACGGGCAAAGAAGUUUUUGUUUGGGUUGGAAAACAAGCGAGUGAUGCUGAAAAGAAGAAUGGUUUGACCUAUGCUCAUAAAUAUCUUCAAAGCAGCAAACAUCCAUUGGUUCCAAUAACGGUUCUCAAAGAGGGACAAAAAAGCAGAGCGUUUGACAAAAUUCUGAACUAGUUAUUUUGAUGGCAUGAAGCUAAAUUUAAGUGCCAAAGUUUAUCGGACUAAGUUAUGUCAUAGGAUGUAAUCUAAUUUGUUGUUUAGUUAUUAGUUGUUACCAAUAACAGUUUAAAAAGUU